GUGCAGUGAGACUGGGCUCCAAGGCCAUGAACAGUUCAUCUUGCGUGCCUUUGUCCACUUCCACUUCUCUUCACAUCGUUAUCAUAUUAUCUUAAGCUCUCUUUAGUCAUUCCCUUCAAGCUCUCGGCUUCCUUACUUCGUUUUCCUCCAAUUUUGGUGCUUUUCGCCCCUAGAGCUACGAAACAUCACUUUUGAUUUUCGGAGGCAAAGAGAAACCCUAAUUAUCGUUGCAUUCUUGGUUUGGUUCUCUGAGAAAAUUUAAAUGCUUUGUCCUAUUUGUGGAUCCGAGUUUUGAACAUAUUUGAUUUGCUUGUAAUAGCUGUCUCCCCCUCUCUGUUCUCUCUUAAUUAGAAUUUGGGAGCUCUGCUCCUGGAGAGCAAGAGGCUUUUUGAGUACAAAGUUUGUUCUUUUCUGCUGAAGAGUUGGUGGUUCUUUCAGAGAGAUUGACUUAGAAACUCUAGUAUGGAAGUGUUUAAAAGGGCCAUACUGGAGCCUGGCCCGCCUGAAAGUUUUGCUUUGCAGACUGUUCAGGAAGUGAUAAAGCCUCAGAGGCAAACAAAAUUGGCUCAAGACGAGAAUCAGUUCCUGGAAAAUAUUCUACGGAUGCUGCUUCAAGAACUAGUGUCCUCUGCAGUGCAGUCAGGAGAGCAGAUAAUGCUGUAUGGACAAUCAAUGGAUGACAAUGAGACAACUCAGGGUCACAUUCCUCGCCUUCUUGAUAUAGUGCUAUAUCUUUGUGAGAAAGAACAUGUUGAAGGUGGCAUGAUUUUUCAGCUGUUGGAAGACUUAACAGAAAUGUCUACAAUGAAAAACUGCAAAGACAUUUUUGGGUAUAUUGAGAGCAAACAAGAUAUUUUAGGAAAGCAAGAACUUUUUGCUCGGGGAAAACUUGUGAUGCUGAGGACCUGCAAUCAGCUUCUUCGCCGGUUGUCAAAGGCAAAUGAUGUGGUCUUUUGUGGACGAAUUCUCACAUUUCUGGCUCAUUUCUUCCCACUAUCUGAGCGUUCAGCCUUAAAUAUUAAAGGAGUUUUUAACACAUCAAAUGAAACAAAAUAUGAGAAAGACCCCCCUGAAGGUAUAUCUAUAGAUUUCAAUUUUUAUAAGACUUUCUGGAGCUUACAGGAAUAUUUUUCUAAUCCGAAUUCUCUAAAUCUUGCUCCGACAAAGUGGCAGAAAUUUACAUCUAGCUUAACGGUCGUGCUGAAUACUUUUGAAGCACAACCUUUAAGUGAUGAAGUAGGAGAUGCUAAUAAUUUGGAGGAAGAGUCAGCUAAUUUUAGUAUAAAAUAUCUCACUAGCAGUAAGCUAAUGGGCCUAGAGUUAAAAGACCCAAGUUUUCGACGCCAUAUUCUUGUCCAGUGUCUCAUAUUGUUCGACUAUUUGAAGGCUCCUGGAAAAGGUGACAAGGAUUUGCCAUCUGAAAGCAUGAAAGAAGAGAUAAAAUCAUGUGAGGAGCGUGUUAAAAAGCUUCUUGAACUAACUCCACCCAAAGGGAGGGCAUUUCUUCAUAAAAUUGAGCAUGUACUGGAACGAGAAAAGAAUUGGGUAUGGUGGAAACGUGAUGGCUGCCCGCCAUAUGAAAAACAGCCAAUGGAGAAGAAAGUAGUGCAAGAUGGGGCCAAGAAGCGUAGGCCAAGAUAUAGAUUGGGCAACAAAGAACUCUCUCAGUUGUGGAGGUGGGCUGAUCAAAAUCCGAAUGCUUUAACUGAUCCUCAGCGUGUUAGAACUCCUUCAAUUAUGGAAUACUGGAAACCUUUGGCUGAAGAUAUGGAUCCAUCAGCGGGUAUAGAAGCUGAAUAUCACCGCAAGAAUAACCGGGUUUAUUGUUGGAAAGGUCUUCGUUUUUCAGCUCGACAAGACUUGGAGGGAUUUUCUAGGUUUACAGACCAUGGCAUUGAAGGGGUUGUCCCGCUGGAACUUUUGCCACCUGACGUUCGAUCUAAAUAUCAAGCUAAACCAAAUGACAGGGCAAAACGGGCAAAAAAGGAAGAAACAAAAGGCACUGUUCAUCAUGUUGAGGGAAAUCAGAUUGCUGCGCCUGCUGCUGAGGCUGAUGGAGAAGGUACAAGAGCUGAUGCAUCGGCAGCUCCGAUGGAGUUUGAUGCUGUCGCUGUCCCAGCUUCUCAAGGCGGAACACUGACACCAGAUGAACUCCAGAAGCAGAGCUCCGACACCGACGUUGGUCAGGAAGCAGGGCAAUUGGAAGCAGAUGCUGAGGGUGAGGUAGAGGCUGGUAUGAUAGAUGGAGAGACAGAUGCAGAUGUUGAUUUAUAAGCAGUUGGAGUUUUCAGAUCGUCAUGCUAAGGAAUCAUGGUGAAACUCGAACAAUUUUUCAUCUAUCAGUGAUGAUCGACAGUCUAUUUGAAUUCAAUUGGCCUCUCGCGUGAAUGCUAGAGUUAAUUCCCAUUUUCAUAAUUAAAUUAUGAAUGGAUCAAAUAUUGUAGAUCAAAUUGGUUUCCGUGCUUAUUGUGCUCGCACUAAUUUUUCAUAUUCAUAUCAAGCUUGAAUUGUUGAUGAUA